AUGGACGCAGCAACCCGGCCGCAUCAGCUGGGCCAUGCACAUACGGGUACAGGCACUGCCACUCACGACGCCAACGGCUCCUAUGGCCGCUCCCAAAUAGGCCACGCCGGUUCUGGCCAUGACGGGAGGUUACUGUCGGAUAAUCUGCAUCGAUACGCCUCAUCCACCGCGGCGCCCGACGCGCCUGCUGCGGCACCACCCACCCGAGACGCGCCAUCACGAAAUCCCGCUGUCGCUGCCCACCUCGCGCAGCCACCACAACCACAGGGUGUCGUCGAUGCUCUCCAUACCCUCGCACAUCUCUCGGACGCUGCCGCCGCCGCUGCCGCACGACGACCACACGCUCCGCCUCAUCAAUUGACACCCGACGAUACAUCCCAAGACACGACACUGACUAUCGAGUCGGACAACGUCUUUACCCCGCCUACCAGCCAACCGAGUCGACCCAGCCAGAGCGACAUGCCCAAAAGCCACAUGAACGGACACGCGUCGAGCCAGGAGUCCCAGCUUCUUCAGCUCUCUCAAAUUGCUGCUGCACAGGACAAGAUGUACAACCCCGAGGCAACUUCUCUAUCGCGCAAGAGGACAGCCGAUGGCGCAGUCAAGGACACAAACGUGUCGCCCGUGCGCGGCGGUCACUCCAGGAACACGAGCGCAGUCUCCAUGGCGUCGACGACGGCAAGCACUAUUGGCGAUCUCUCGAGCGACCUCAAGACGCGUCUCUCGUACGCCAUGGUGAAGUUGAAUCACGGCUGGCAGUCACAUUCUAUCGACGAGGUCGAGUCGAUGGCUUCACAAGCCGCUUCGCCCACAUCGAGUCAUUCGACCCUGCACGGCCGCUACGAGAACUCGGCUAGCCCUCGAACCGCCAUGCUGGCUGCAGCCCGAAGUGGUCCCCACAGCGCGACGACGAGCAGCUCCAACCCGAGCCCGGCGACAUACGAUACGUUUUGGAGGGACGGCACGCAGCCUCUAUCGCGUCGUGGUCAUAACUCUGCGUCGCCGCCAGGCGUCGCACAGCCAGUUCUGAGCCUAGCACCUCCAGCCUCUAUCCAGCCUUCACGAUCGACAGCCGCCCACAACCCGCGUCGUAAUUCCAACCCCCACUACACGCCGACGCUCCUCUCCCAUUCCCACAGCGCCUCUCCUCAUACGCCUGCCCAGCAGAGCUCGCUGCAGGGAACCCCAUUACAACGCGUGGGUCGGACGCCCCUGGCCGACCCUAUUCUGUUUUCGCCCCACCAGAACGUGCGAGAGCAGGACGCUAUCGAAACGCUGCUCUUCAUGAGCAGCCCUGGAAACUCUACCAGCAUGAAGCACGGCUACGCACCCGCGACAUCGUCGUCACAGCCGCUCCCAGGCACACGCCACGCCCUGCCAACGUCGCAGCCCCGCAAGAGCCUACCCAGCCACAGGCCACAGCCGCCUCCGAAGCGUGUUGGCUUUGAGAAGAGCACGAGCAUGAUGGAAAUGGAUGUGGAUGCUGAUUCGCAGACGGGAACCCCCCGAACGGCCGUGCGGAGACGCGUGAGCGGAGGAUUCGGUCAUCGGAGCCAACUGUCGCUGCCGGCGGGCUUGGGAAGCGGACACUCGCGACCGCGGCCAAAGCUGGCGGACGAGGACAUUGAGCGGAUGCUGGACCGCGUAGCGCAAGCUGAUGACGAUAGCUCGGACGACGAGGAGAUUCUACUGCCCAACCGACGGGAGGGGGAGAUUGUAGGCUAA